AUGGUAUAUUGCGGGCGGCCAUCUGCAAACUGUGGUCUUUGUCGAGCCAAGAAGAGGCGGUGCGAUAAAGCCGUUCCAGGAUGUGGGCAGUGUGCGUCAUCAGGAAGGAGAUGUCAGGCAUGCCCUGGUUAUCACGAUGCCUCUAGCAUCAUCAUCCGCAACGAGACGACACGGGUUAUCAGCCGUAAAGGAAGGAGGAAAGAUGAUCAUCUCGCAGAUGUCGUCACAGAGGACCGCUUGAGCCCAUCCCCUCUGUCACCCUUCCCCAGCUCCUCCUCAUUAUCUUCCUCCUUAUCCUCCUCCUCCCACCCUGAUCAAUCCCAGUCAAGGAGACACGAAUAUUGGGAUACUCAAGCUGUAUCGAUGCUGGUGGCCCCAGAGGCGCCGUUAGAGAGCCUCCACGACCUGGCCAUCAGUUACUUCCUGUCCAACUACGUGAUAGAGGACUCCGGUCCCUGCCCUGGCUUCCUUAACUACACCCUCGAAAUCCUCGCCGACCCACUAGGCGACACAGAAAUGGUUCGCCUGGCCAUCUGCGCAGCAGGCUUAGCCGGGCUCGCCAGCACACCCGGAACCCAAAGCAUCAUGAGCAGGGCGCGCGCCAGCUACGCCGAGGCCAUCGAGCGUGUCAACCGAUCCCUCGCCGACCCCCUGACGGCCAGCAAGGACAGCACCCUCUUCGCCGUGCUGGUGCUGGGCCUGUUCGAGACCAUCACGUGCGCCGGCAGCGCGUCCCUCGAGGCGUGGGCCCACCACAUCAACGGCGCGGCCAGCCUGCUCGUGCACCGCGGCACGGCCCAGUUCCGCACCACGCUGGGCCUGCGCAUCUUUGGCGAGGCCGUCAGCCACGUUCUGACCCUCUGCUCCCGCCACGGCCACCCCGUCCCGCCGCGCCUGCGCCUCCUGCGCGUCGAGAUGGAGAGGAGGAGGACUCCAGAUAGCAGUGAUGUCGUCAUCGUCGUCGCCGCCGCCGCCGCCGCCGCCUCAACCUGCAGGAGCCCAUCACCCUCCUGGAUCCUGGGCACGGCACAUAUUGAGGUGAUGGACCUGUACCACCGCGUAGACCCAGACCAGGACCACCCCUUCCUGCCAGACGAGUGGGAGGCGCUCCUCUCGCACGCUGCCGAGCUCGACCGCCGCCUCGAGACCUUAACCGCCAACAUGCCUCUCCACUGGCGCUUCAAGACAGUCCACGACCCAGCCGCGAACCCGCGCGCCGUGUACCGCAGCGUCUACCACAUCUACUACAACACCUGGGUCGCCAAGAUCUGGAACGGCCUGCGCGCGUGCCGCAUCAUCCUGCACCAGGCCAUCUACGCCCUGCUCCUGCGCGAGGGGCUCGCCUGGGCGCCGCACGAGGUCAUGGGCCCAAGCGGCGGCGGCGCCUACACGGCGUUGCUGCAGAGGGUGUCGGACACGACGGCUGAGAUGCGCGAUGGGAUUCUCGCGUCCGUGCCGCAGAUGCUGGGCUUUGUGCGCCACGACGACGACGACGACGACGACGACGGCGCUGCUGUUGGCAAGGGUUCGACGUCGGGGUACCGUCUUGACUGCAGCUCGGCCGACAUGCCGCGCCUCGUCCCGGCCUCGGGGGCUUAUUUCCUGCUCUGGUAUCUGUUCCUUGCUGGCUGGCUGCCGAUCAACACGCCGGAGACGCGGGCUUGGGUUGUGGACCGCCUGCGUGCUAUUCGCUCUGCGACGGGGAUUCAGAAGGCUGGUUAUCUUGCGGACGAGCUGGAGAAACAACCUGCUUUGUUGGUCACCGCCGCCGCCUUGCGACCAAUGGGCGAGUUCCUGCUCCCUGACUUUUAG